UAAAAAGGUUAAAGAGAGAGAGAGAGAGAGUACGCAUGAAAGUGAAAUGGCGACGCAGGCUAACGUACGCCUCCUGGCGUAUUGUGACUCUGUGAGGUCCCUCUAUCCCCUCAUCUACCUCACAUCACACACACUUUCUCUCUCCUCUGUACUGCGCUUUCACUCUCUCUUCUGGUCAUGGCUCUCGCCUCUUUAUAACCCCCUCAAUCCUUCAUCGGACAUUCCACAGUUCUUCCCACAUUCUCUCUCUCAUACCUAACAAUCAAUCAAUACAAUACACACAAUCCUCCCCUGAGAUUCGACGACAAUGGAUCCGCCGUUGGUCAGCGAGGCUUCCUUCACCGCCACCGCCAAUCCGACUUCCUAUAGCCUCGCCGGGCUACUGUCCAUUCCGACCGGCGGCGGGAGAUUGGGCCUCAGAAUGCGCGGCCUCGACGGAGUCCUGAUGGAGGAUUCAGCGGUGACGGAGCACGGCGCCGGGAAGAGGGUGAGGGAUGUCGGGAAUUCGUUCGGCGACGGCGCUGCUAAGCUUGUUUCCGCCAUUGCUGCUAAUCAGAAUUUGAAUGUGUCGAUUGGAAAGCGAACGAAGGUAUCUGGAACCAUGGUCGAAAAUGACAGCAUGAAAACAGAGGUGGAAACAAAGCCAGGGCCCGUUCAGGUGAACAAGAAGCCCGAGCCACCUAAAGACUACAUUCAUGUUAGGGCUAGAAGGGGCCAAGCUACUGAUAGCCACAGUCUUGCUGAAAGAGCUCGAAGGGAGAAAAUCAGUGAGAGGAUGAAAAUUCUGCAGGACUUGGUUCCAGGAUGUAACAAGGUUAUUGGGAAAGCUCUUGUUCUUGAUGAAAUAAUUAACUACAUACAGUCACUACAGCACCAAGUUGAGUUUUUGUCAAUGAAGCUUGAAGCUGUCAACUCCAGUGCAAGGCUGAACCCCACAAUGGAUGAGUUUCCUCUGAAAGAUCUUGCUGCACAGGCUUUCGAUGCUGGUGGGAUGUUAUAUGGGCCUCAAACACCGAUGGACUACACUCGUGGAUCGCAAGUCGAGUGGCUUCACAUGCACAUUGGAAAUGAAUUCGACCGAGCUACGUGAGACGGUCUAACUUGGUCGAUUUACACGAGUCGAACCAGCAUUGCUUAUAAGGCCUUUCAAUGUGGGAUAUAUAAAGCUCAAUGAGAGUAAAUUUUAAUUUGAAGCAGUCCUUUACAUAUAUGUGUGCGUGUGUGUGUGUACAAGUGUAGUCAUCAGCUUGUAGUCAUUAUUUGUGAGCGAGAAUAAUUUGUGCUGCUUAUUUAUAAGUGUGUUAUUAAAUAUGUAAUUUUGUGAAUUUGUCUCCUUUUAUUAUGCAAAAUAUAGAUGGAUUGUGCAUUGUGGUUUAUGUUGUAUUGUGUUGCUAUAGCAAAAUGUCAAUGUCUUGUUGUCUUUAAUGGAUUUACUAUUUUUCUAAAUUCAUUGAUCUUGGCUAGUAGUGGAUAGUUGAUAUAUGAAUGUAUUAAAAUGAAAUUAAUAACACUGUAUAAUAUUUUUCUUUAUAAUUAAUUUACUAU